AUCGCAGCAAAGGCGGUGAAAGAGCUGUUACCUGAAUCUGCAGAAGGGGAUUUGUCGAGCUUGUGUCUAUGGGCUGAUCGUGUCAAGUUUAGAUACCACUGGUCUUCUCCUCUUCACUACAUCAACACUCCUGAUGUAUGUUCCUACCAAUACAAUAGGGACUGCAAGGAUGAAGAUGGAGAGAAAGGAAGAUGUGUUGCAGGAGCCAUUUACAAUUACACCACACAGCUUCUUUCCUACAACACUGCAGCUUCGUCUAAGUCACAAUACAACUUAACCGAGGCCCUGCUCUUCGUGUCUCAUUUCAUGGGUGAUAUCCAUCAGCCUCUACAUGUUGGUUAUGCUUCAGACAAAGGAGGGAACACCAUCGAAGUGCAUUGGUACAGGAGAAAAGCUAACCUCCACCAUAUAUGGGAUUCCAGCAUAAUAGAAACAGCUGAAGCUGAUCUCUAUAACUCUGAACUAGAAGGAAUGGUGGAUGCAAUCAAAAAAAAAAUAUCACGGUACUUUGGACUGUUCUCUACCUGUUUGCUACAAGGUGUUUCUGACAUAUUUUACUAAAAUGUAGACAGAAUGGGCGGAUCAAGUGAAGAGAUGGGAGAGUUGCACGAAGAAGACAGCUUGCCCAGAUAUAUACGCAUCCGAAGGAAUUCAAGCAGCCUGUGACUGGGCAUACAAGGGGGUAACUGAAGGAGACACACUAGAAGAUGAAUACUUUAAUUCACGUCUACCAAUAGUGUAUCAGCGCUUAGCACAAGGAGGGGUGAGACUGGUAGCUACCCUAAACAGGAUUUUCGGU